CUUUAAAGUCUGGGCUGAGCCGCCACACUCAGUCCGCGCCGUUCAGGUUCUCUUGCUGGGACCGGCGGUGGAGGCGGGCGCGCUGCUCCUUCUUGCUGCGCGCUGGCCGUUCUCAGUCACCUCCCGCCUGCGCGCUGAGCGGCCGGCCGAGCGACUCCCGCUGCUUGGCUAGGCAAAGCGAGGCGGGCGGGCACCCCACUGCAGCUGGGGCCCGGGGAACUAGAGACCCGGCACCAAGCAGAUCCCCUCUGGGGCGGCUGGGCUCUUGAUCUCUGCCCCCUCCCUGCAGGACUUUGGGUCUGGGGGCACCUUGGCAGGACGCUUGCCCGGUUGGGAAAAGCAACGGCGGCUGGUAGCGACCCCUCGGCUCGCUCCUUCUCUGUGGGAUUUAAGGGAUCGAGCUGCGCAACGAUCCCCUCGUCCUCGGGCGCCUAAGUGUUUGGAGGAUUGAUCCGCGGCUGCGGAGAAAGGAGGAAGAAGCUCAACUCCAGGGCGUCCGGUCCAUGAGAGGGAGAAACCCCGUAGGGCCAAGAACAGCAUUCUGCUCCAGAAAGGAUCUGCAAUGGCCAAAAGAACCAAUGGUUGCUUUCUACUGCUUAUUCUAAUUAGAAUGGCUCCAAGUCUCUCUUCUACUGUAAGUUAUACUGACCCCACAUUAGAGCCUAUAGCAACUGAAUAUUCAGCCAGACGCCAGAAGAUAGUAGAUUCACAGUUCAAAUGCUAUGAGAGGAUGAACAGAGACCCUCCUUACAAGAAACCAGGGCUGUUUUGUAACCGGACAUGGGAUGGAUGGCUUUGUUGGGAUGACACACCUGCAGGGAAACUGGCUGACCAAAAUUGCCCCGAUUAUUUUCCAGACUUUGAUCCAACUGAAGUGGCCACAAAAUACUGUGAUGAGAUGGGAACUUGGUUCCGGCAUCCUGAAAGCAAUCGAACUUGGUCCAACUACACACGGUGCAAUUCUUCCACAAAUGAAAAGCUCAAGAUGAUAUUCAUACUUUAUUAUAUGGUUAUAGUAGGACAUGCUUUGUCUAUAACAUCCCUAUUGAUUUCCUUGGGGAUUUUCUUCUAUUUCAAGAGCCUCAGCUGUCAAAGGAUAACACUGCACAAGAACUUGUUUUUUUCCUAUGUUCUUAACUCUGUGUUUACACUCGCCCACCUCAUUGCAGUAGUGCCUGAUCAAGACUUGGUAAAAAAGGAUCCAGUAAGCUGCAAAGUACUUCAGUUUUUUCACCAAUACAUGAUGGGCUGCAACUACUUCUGGAUGCUGUGUGAAGGCAUUUAUCUUCAUACUCUCAUUGUGGUGGCAGUGUUUGCUGAAGAGCAGCGUUUGCAUUGGUACUACCUCUUGGGCUGGGGGUUUCCUUUAGUGCCAGCAUCCAUUCAUGCUGUGGCAAGAACACAAUACUUCAACGAUAACUGCUGGAUAAGUGUCGACACUCACUUGCUGUAUGUUGUUCAUGGGCCUGUGAUGGCAGCCUUAUUGGUCAAUUUUUUCUUUUUGCUUAACAUCGUACGAGUUCUGGUAACAAAGCUAAGAGACACACAUCGGGCGGAGUCCAACAUGUACAUGAAGGCUGUCAGAGCUACUUUAAUCCUUGUGCCCUUAUUAGGAAUUCAGUUUGUCAUUAUUCCCUGGAGACCAGAAAACAAACUUGCUGGAGAAGUAUAUGAUUACAUCAUGCAUAUAUUAAUGCAUUACCAGGGUUUACUUGUGGCAACUAUUUUCUGUUUCUUCAAUGGAGAGGUCCAAGGAGCUUUGAAGAGACAAUGGAUGCAGUAUAAAACCCAGUGGGGUCAAAGACGACGAGAGCAUUGCUCUACGCGAUCUACCUCCUACACAGCAACAUCUAUCACAGAGGUCCCAGUUUAUCUAUAUCAUCAUGACUCCAACAGCGAACAGUUUAAUGGGAAAUAUAUAGAUGACUCUGAACUCGUUGCAUUAAAAUCUGGAGAGACAACUGCUUAGGUUACAAAUGGAAGAUUUUGCUUUCUGUUUGUACAAGGAGAAGAGAAGGAGAAGACCUCAAAAGUCCUUGUAAGAGCUUGUUUGGUCAGAUGACAUGAUAUGUCAUAAGCAAACUACAGAAACUCAGCUUUCUGACGGCAAUGGCUCAAAGAGAAUCUGACAGAGACAGAGGUGUAGUGACUGGCCCUGUUGCCACAUGCAGCUCUAAAAUGGGGAAAGGACUAAAGCUGGUGUUACCCAGUGAGGAGCAUGGAAUGUCCCCAGUUCUGGAACUUGGCCAUAUGAAAUGAGGAUGAAACUGUAAUAAACACUUCCAUAUAGUGACCUAUGAACACCUGGGAGAUGUCAUUGUUUUUAUCAAUGGAUCGUUGUUGUCCAAACUGAACUAAAAGUGAAUGGGAGGCAGGCAACGAUUAUGGCAUUCAAUAAUUUCCUUUUACAUUAGACAUUUGAACCAUAAACACAAGUUACUUCAGCAUCUUGGUAAAUGUUUAUCCUUUGAAUUUCAGUCUGCGCUGGUGCUUUCUUAAAGUUUUUUGCACUCCAAGCAAAACAAUAAAAAAAUCAUUCCACUGUAUUUGAAUCCUCAGUUUCUCAAGAGGAUGUCAUACAGUAUUAUUCUGACUUCAUGCACAGCAGAGACAAGACAGUAAAAUAUUUAUUGUGUCACACAAGUAUUCAACAAGAAGAAUAAGCACUGCCUGAAAAAUACAGUUUUCUGUCAGCUAGUCUAACACCCACAAUACUUUGUUCAUUAUACUAUAGACUGGUUCCUUUAUAUUAAUCAUUCAUAGGGAAAGCGUCAGCCAUAUUUUUCAGUCCAGCAAUCAGAUACAGGGAACCAAUUUUCUCUAUGAAUAAACUGUGAAAUGUACUUGGAAAUUAGUUUUCCCCCACUUUUUAAUCUUUCAGUUUGACAUUUCUCUGCUUCCAAAUCUUCCUUUCCUUUGCAAAUAAAUUAGUAACCCUUGUGGUUGAAGAAUCCAAAGAGGAGCUGACCAUUAUAAUAUCACUUAGAACCAAUGCAUAUAUGUGGGAACCACUUCAGAAUUUCUUCUUUCCCUUGCUGCUCUUGUAAUAUCCAGAUGCAGGAAUCAUGUUGGUUCUAGGAAUGUCACAGCUCAUCCCUUGCUGGUACUGCUCUUUUGAAGGUCAAACAGUGCUUACACAGGAUAAAACCAUGUCCUCUACCCCACCGAUAUGGGUCUAAAUGCUGCUCCAGUUAUAUGGGGUGCAGAAAAAUGGCUUUCAGGCUGCAUAGUGCCUAAGUCUAACAUUACAAGUAAAAGAAACAGAGACGUUUGACACCUGUUGUCUUUUUCUUACACACUAUACUUUAACCCAGGUAUUGUUUUAUGUUUACAAAAGUUCCAGUGGAUUCAUGGAGCUUUCCCUCUCACAUUAAAGCUCUCCCACUCAGGUCUGUAUAUACAUUCAUUUGCAUGUGCAAAUAGGCUACUUCCAAUGAAUGGGCCAGCCUAUGUGCAUGAGAAAUUGAGGUUAGCCUCUGAAAUUGCUUUUCAUGUUAGAAAAAGUGGCUGGCAUCCAAGGGUUGCAUGUGCUGAAAAUGAUUUUGUGGGUGCAAUGGCAGAGAGGUAAUUUUUGCCAAUCUCCCCUUCCUUCUGCAGUCCUCUGUACCACUUGAAAAUAUGUCCCUUUGAAUCUCAUAAUCUUUAGGAGCAUAUUUUCAGGAGGUAGGGUGGGAUGUAGAGGGAAGAGGAGAUUGCUGAAAACCAUUCCUCCUCCAUCGCACAUGCAAAACUUUUUCACUGUGCAUAACAGCAGUCAGUCUAGAUGUCAGCCAGUGUAUUUUUUUUGUAAUAUACAUAUGGUGGUGCCCGUUGCUUUUUGCCAUUGGUGAAUAUAUGAGGUACAUUUAGCAGCUUCCUAAUGUAUCUACUAAGGCCAGAAACAGACUGUGCCAAUGUUCACAUAUUAGUAGGUAAACACUUUUUAAAAUCCCAGCCAUAUUCUAUUUUUUAAAAAAUAUCCUGGAAACUGACUAUUUCCAUCCUUCUUUUCCUUGAAUGUUUGGCAUUAUGUGAUCUACUCGAAAUGGCAGAGAAUCAUUAUCCCAAUAAGUAGUUAUAUUUUAUUUAUUUAUUUAAUUUAGAUUUUAUUGCUCCCAUUUGUUCGAUUAGAGAUAUAUUAGAACAUAAGAACAGCCCUGCUGGAUCAGGCCCAAGGCCCAUCUAAUCCAGCAUCCUGUUUCACACACAGUGGUCCACCAGAUGCCUCUGAGAAGCCCACAGGCAAGAGGUAAGGGCAUGCCCUCUCUCCUGCUAUUGCUCCCCUGCAACUGGUAUUUAGAGGCAUCCUGCCUUUGAGAGCCUCUCCUCCAUGAAGUUAUCCAUGAAGUUAUAUUAUUGAGUAUUUGUCACAAUCUACAAAUGGCCCAAAUAUCUCAGGCUAAUUUAAAGAUACCACAGAAUUAUUUUCACCACAGAAUUGUUUUCUGAAGAGUUCUGAAAACUAUUUUGUGGAUCUAAGCAUUCUGUCUGUGGUUCUACAUAACACUGAAUGCUGCACAAAUCAGAUAUUCAUUGAGUAGAUCAAUCCCUUCCUGAAAUAAGGAAAACAGAAUGAUUUCGGUGAAAGGGAGAGAUUUCCAUGAGGCUUGGGCAAAGGUGAGAGACUGAUAUAACUUCACCAGACAUAUCCUAGCAUCAAUUCAGUUUGCUGAUAGAUUUUCUAUAUUUAUCCUGAAAUAACUGGAAACCACCACUACUACUACUACUACUACUACAAAUAUUUAUAUCCUAUAUAUAACCUAUAUAAAAUACAGGCCAACAUACUGCAUAGUACCCCACCAAUCCAAGAACUGGUCUGUGCUGGUUCUGUCUGAUUCUAAGCAGCGUCCAGGCUGUUUCUGAGCUUGGUGGGGCCUCUGCACCAAUUAAGAAUUGCAUCGCUGCUGUAGCAACACUGCACCAAUUAUUCCCAACGGGAGCAGUGUUCUUUGAGCUCUGACUCCAUUCCUCAUCAUCAUGGAGGCUUUUCAAACUCAGAAACCACAUGGAUGCAGCUUAGAGCUGGGUGGUCUCAAUGCAGGCACUGCACAGUAUAUAAGCCACUUUUUCUUUUUUUAAAAAAACAAACAAACCAGCUUUGUGGAUUUUAGAAAGUCCUUUUGGGGGGUGGAUGGAUUACUUGGCCAAAGUGUCCCUGUGAUCAGAUGUAUGCAUGAAGGCAUCAUAUCACAAAAUAUGUUCUGUGUGCAGUAGGGUGCAUGAGUUACACUCACUUCCAUUCUACGCUGGACUUACAAGGAUUUAGAACCCCCACACCAGAGUGCUGUGUAAACUAGCCUUAAAUAAUGAUCUCCACAAGAUUUCUGAAAAUAUUGUAUAUUUAAGAUCUUGCACAGACUCUACCAUGGUAUUGGCUAGACUCUACUAUUUCUUGUUUAAUGAUAAGAAAAAGAAGAAUAUAGAGGUGAGAAAGCAGAUAAAGCACAAUCCAGCAAACAUUAAAAGUGGUUAAGGCCCACUGAUUUGAAUGAAAGAUAUCCAAGCAUAUUCUUGUUUUCAUUUGAAAUCAACAGCACUUUAAAAUGCUUAAGCUUAGCUGGAUCAUGCCCACAGAGUAUGUUGUAUCUGAUGUUAUAGCUCCUCCUCUGUGAAUUGUUAGCCUUUUAUACAUAUCAAUGAUGUACUGAACAAUCUGCUUGAUUUCUCUUUUCAAAUUCAUUUCUGUCUUUGCAUCGGGAUCGUGAAAUUGUAUACUUGUGUCCAAAAUCCGUUACAUUCAUGAAGAUUCAGGUUGUGAAGCUGAGUCUUGAUUUGGUAGUUUACUUGGAAAAGCAAAUUUAGUUCAUUAAAUGCACAAUCACAUUGUACAUCACUGAUUUAUGCUUGCUUUUCUUGAAAUGUACAGAACAACAGGAAGCAUUCUUGACAAAUGCAUCUGUAACUCCACUCCUCCCCCCCCACCUUCUUCUAAUAUUCUGGGCACAAAAUUGAGAGUUUAAAAAAAUCAGGUUAACUUUACUAGGAAUUUUAUAUUUCUGAGCACUUUUGUGCUUAUGGACCUUUCUCCUCAGGCUUCAGCAGCUGUAAACAACUUAGAGGUACAAAAAUGGGCUAUUGAAACAGAAAUGUACAUAAUGAAUAUAACUAUCACAUACCUGUUUAAUUUAUCGGUACAAAAUUGUUCACAAAGCCUACUACCUCCACAAAGAUCUAAAAUAGUGCCAUAUUUUUCUAAGGGAAAAUAAUGUUCAGCUUUAUCAUUCAUCAAGUCAUUCUACUAACUGAACUUUGCUCAUAUGACACAAGAUAUUGCUGGAGAUGCUUUUGUAUAACAUAUUUUUCAUAUAGAUUACAUCACCAAAGGAUUACACAGAGGAUUAUAUAGCCAAAACUGGCACAGGACCACUUUUGGCCAAGUACAAAUACGAUGAUUAUUUAUAUACUGCUUUUCAACAAAAGUUCUCAAAGCGGUUUACAAACAAGCAAGCAAGCAAGCUAGCUAGCUAGCGAGCCUCCCUGUCUCUUGCUGCCCUACAUAAUGGCACUGUUGAACACUCUGUGCUAGCUUUUUUUCUUUUUUCCCUUCACACUAGCAUGGGGUGGGAGUUAACAGAAAAGCCACCACUGAGAAGGAUUUCACACACAAGAUCAAUACCUAAGCUUGAAGGUGUAAAGGACCUAUAUCUACAGGCUGCACAUGUGUUCACUAAGCUAAGGUUUCUUUGAACAUUUUAAUAGGAGUGAAGCUCAUUUGGUAGCUCUAGAUUAGAAAAGCAAAUUGGCUUCACAAGAAACAAAAUGUAAAAGAAUUCUAGAGUUGUAAUCCUAAGCACACAUACUAAUAAGUAAGUCUCAUGAGUGCAAAGGGGCUUACUUCUAAGUAAACAUGCUUAGCUCUGUACUGUAUCUAUAAUAAAUUUAGCAGGAUAUAAUGGGGACAGCGCAAUUUAAAAAAUUAAAAUGUAGAGAGUCAUCAGACUUAACUAGUAAUCAGUACAAAUUACUAGUUAAUCUACUAAUUAGGUUCUAGUUAAUCAAAAGUUCUAAUGUUUCCCCUGUGUCAGGCUUGUUUUUCUUAAUUAUAUUUUUCAGAACAUAAUUAUAUCUACCAACUACUAAUUGUAUAUUUGAUGUUUAAAAUAUAAUUGAGCAGGAAGGUGUUUGAAUGUUGCUAACAAUGCUUCAAAGUGGGAUAAAUUCACAAUUGAAACAUUGACUAUUGAUGAUAUUUUCAAGGUUGUUAUGUGCAAUGUUACCUUAAAUAGUGCUGUGAUAUAAUAUAGUACAUUUGCAAUAGUCAUUCAUACAAAACUGAUAUUCACACUGGUGGGGUAUCUCUGAUCUCCAAAGUGCAUAAUAUCAAAAUUACAACAGCAAAAGGUGUUAUAGCUUGAUUACAGGUAAGGUUGCUGAAACAGAUCUGCAAAUGUAAAAAAAAAAAAAAAAAGGCUACAAUAACAGAGUGGCUGACACUCAAUCUGUUAAAACUGCUUAUAAAACAUGAAUUAUAAAACUAUUGUGGUUUUUUUUCCAUUUAUAUAAACUAAUUGUUUAUA